AUGGGGGUUAAUUUCACUUUCAGGCAUGACAGGAACAAUACUUUGGUAUCGUGGAUGAGUUCAAGUGACCGCCGCGGAACAUCAGACAUUUUGUAUUCCAGCGCCAUCACUAUAAUAUUGUGCGUCUGGGUCUCUACAUUCCCAAAUGUGCCGUCCCCCAAGGAUAAGUUUCUUCAACGGCUGCUGGACAAGAUCAAUUUAGCCAUGAUUGGUUUCUUGGGACCGGAUCUGCUGUUUGCCCUGGCUUUGGGUCAAUGGGACAGCGCUAGAAAAAGUGUCAAGGAAUUCCAAGAAGCCGGGUAUGCGAACUGGACCACGACGCACGGCUUUUUUGCAAACAUGGGCGGCUUUCGAAUUCGGUCUCCUGAACCUGGGGAACACGAUUCGCAGGAACACGGCAUCCCUGUGAACGCAAAACAGCUGCUGUAUUUGAUAAAACAAAAGUACAUCGACAUGCCUACAUUGACUGAAACCCAGAUCAAAGGGAUCAGCACCGCCGACAACUUUUCCAGAAUUCAUGAUAGAAUCCUGGUUCUUUGGCAGCUAUUCUGGUUUAGCGUUACGGAAAUUGUCAGAUUUGUCUAUGAGACACCGAUUACAACUCUUGAGCUGACUGCGCUCACCUUCGCUGUCAUGAUGUUUGCGACAUCAGUCGCAUGGUUUAAAAAGCCGCAGAUUGACAGCUCAAGCACAAGAAUCCUGACAACGAACGCAUCUUUGAGAGCAAUUCGAGACGCAGCAAGGGCUGAUUAUCCUGAUAUGCAGGAAAACUGGUAUGAAACACCCCUGGACUUUAUUUGGAAGCGAGGUUCAUUCAAACCAGACAAGCAGUGGCAAUACUUUAGCCAACUGAGUCAUAUUGCCCGCCUUCCGCUCUUCACCAGGAGGCCUGGCAAAGACGGGAUGCCAUGGGACCGAAUGCCCUCCGACAUUUGGUAUAGCACAAGUGGAUACACGAUCCUAGUUGGUCUUCUCGUGCAACUCCAGUUUUGCCUCUCCUUUCUUCUGGCCUGGAACUGGCACUUCCCAACCAGGACCGAGCAAGUUCUGUGGAGGUCUUGUGCCGUAUAUCAUGCCAUGUACUCGCUCAUGGUCACCUUUUACUAUGUCGGGGGAGCAUUUGACAAACAGUGGGAAUCGUCCAAGAGAUUAUUUUGCUCGAUGAUUCCUCUGCGACGAAACCAGUCUGUGCCCCUACCGACUCAAUUGACAUCCGUGGACAACUAUGAGUGGGACACUACCUUGCGAGACGCAACGACGGAAGAGCCACCGUCGCGGCACAGGUAUAUCAAGAAGACCGUCACGGCUGUUCUGGCAAAUAUUUGGACGCAUUCGACCCCCAAAUUGGACUAUUGGCGGAACUUAUCUGCCGGUCGAGACCCUGACCAAGAUGUGUCGCUCCCCUGGACAGCUUUACUGUUCGUACUUACUGUUGUUUAUAUAUUUUCUCACCUGUUCAUCUAUGCUGAGGACUUCAUUUCUUUGAGGUUGCAGCCGGACGAUGUUUAUCUCUCCAUAAAUCAAUUCUUUCCUCUUAUCCAUUGA